CGCGUGGCGGCCCCCGGGUGAGCCCGACGCGCUCGUCCGCCGCCGCCAUGGACAGCAGCACCUGGAGCCCCGCGGUGACCGCCACCGCCGCCCCCAUCCAGUCCUACGAGCGCAUCCGCAACGCGGCCGACAUCUCGGUCAUCGUCGUCUACUUCGUGGUGGUGAUGGCCGUCGGGCUGUGGGCCAUGUUUUCCACUAAUCGUGGGACUGUCGGAGGCUUCUUCCUGGCAGGUCGAAGUAUGGUGUGGUGGCCGAUUGGAGCCUCUCUCUUUGCCAGUAACAUUGGAAGCGGUCAUUUUGUGGGGCUGGCAGGGACAGGAGCAGCUGCGGGCAUUGCCAUGGGUGGCUUUGAAUGGAACGCCUUGGUUUUGGUGGUCGUACUGGGAUGGGUGUUUGUCCCUAUUUACAUCAAGGCUGGGGUGGUGACAAUGCCAGAGUAUCUGCGGAAGCGGUUCGGAGGCAAGCGGAUUCAGAUCUACCUUUCCGUCCUGUCGUUGCUGCUCUACAUUUUCACCAAGAUCUCAGCAGACAUCUUCUCUGGAGCCAUAUUCAUCAACCUAGCCCUGGGCCUGGAUAUAUACUUGGCCAUCUUUAUUCUGCUGGCGAUCACUGCCCUUUAUACGAUCACGGGGGGCCUGGCAGCUGUGAUUUACACGGACACCUUGCAGACAGUGAUCAUGCUGAUUGGGUCUUUAAUCCUGACUGGGUUUGCUUUCCACGAAGUAGGAGGGUAUGAUGCCUUCAUGGAGAAGUACAUGAAAGCUAUUCCAACUUUGGUUUCUGACGGAAAUAUCACCAUCAAGGAAGAAUGCUACGUCCCCAGGGCCGACUCUUUCCAUAUAUUCCGAGAUCCUAUUAAGGGAGACAUGCCAUGGCCCGGGCUCAUCUUUGGCCUGGCCAUUCUCUCCUUGUGGUACUGGUGCACAGAUCAGGUCAUUGUGCAGCGCUGCCUCUCGGCCAAGAACUUGUCUCAUGUGAAGGCCGGCUGCAUCCUGUGCGGCUAUCUGAAGCUAUUGCCCAUGUUCCUCAUGGUGAUGCCGGGGAUGAUCAGCCGGAUUCUUUACACAGAAAAAAUUGCCUGUGUCCUCCCCUCCGAAUGCAAGAGAUACUGUGGCACUCCCGUGGGCUGUUCCAACAUCGCCUAUCCAACCCUGGUUGUGGAGCUCAUGCCUAAUGGACUGCGAGGCCUUAUGUUGUCCGUGAUGAUGGCUUCACUCAUGAGCUCCUUGACCUCCAUCUUCAACAGUGCUAGCACCCUCUUCACCAUGGACAUCUACACCAAGAUCAGGAAGAAAGCAUCCGAGAAGGAGCUCAUGAUUGCAGGAAGGUUGUUCAUCCUCUUGCUGAUCGCCAUCAGCAUUGCCUGGGUGCCCAUCGUGCAGUCUGCUCAAAGCGGGCAGCUCUUUGAUUACAUCCAGUCCAUCACCAGUUACUUGGGGCCGCCCAUUGCGGCUGUCUUCCUGCUUGGCAUCUUCUGCAAGAGAGUCAAUGAACAGGGAGCCUUCUGGGGACUGAUUCUAGGCUUUCUGGUGGGAAUCUCCCGUAUGAUCACGGAGUUUGCCUACGGAACGGGGAGCUGCAUGGAGCCCAGCAACUGCCCCACGAUCAUCUGCGGGGUCCACUACCUGUACUUCGCCAUCAUCCUCUUCGUCCUCUGUGUCAUCACCAUCUUGAUCAUCUCCUUCCUCACCAAGCCCAUUCCAGAUGUGCACCUGUACCGUCUGUGCUGGAGUCUGCGCAACAGCAAAGAAGAGCGUAUCGACCUGGACGCAGGAGAGGAGGAAACCCGGGAGGACCCUAAGGACACGAUUGAAAUAGACACAGAAGUCCCCCAAAAGAAGAAAGGAUGCUUCAGGAGGGCAUAUGACCUGUUUUGUGGGCUGGACCAGGGGAAAGGACCGAAGAUGACUAAGGAAGAGGAGGAAGCCAUGAAGAUGAAGAUGACGGACACCUCUGAGAAGCCUUUGUGGAGGACAGUGAUGAACAUCAACGGCAUCAUCCUGCUGGCCGUGGCUGUCUUUUGCCAUGCCUAUUUUGCCUGAAUCCUGCCUUCCGUGGUGGACUUGGCAAGUCUGGGAUUGUUCCCUUUAGACCCAUUCUGAGGUAGUGAGGGGAACCUGGCCAGUUGUAAAUUUUACCCACUGAGAUAAAAGAUGUACAUGUGUGAUUAUAGGCUUGCUGGAGGAAGAUGAUUGCUGUGCUGUGAACUCACGCGUUUGAAGCCAGUGUGACAUACUUAUCUGUCCACACUGGAGCUUUAGAAGUGAAGUGGACUCAGACACAGAGUCAGACUAAGACACAGAAUCCUGUGCUGUCUGAAGCACUUUGUCUCAGGUAGCUUGUAAUUACUGUUUAUAAUCCUUAAGUACUAUUUUUUUAGAGAUUGUAGUCUGGUUCCUGUCAUGUUUCUACCUGGCCCAUCACCUCUUCCUCCUCUUUUUUUUAAAGAAAACCCCUGUCACCACAUCCCUCUAGAUUUUUUUUUCUACUAAAAAGAAAAUCAAUUUGACAAAUAGAAAAAUACCCAGAAUCUGACGAUACACCUUGUCCCAAAAGUGUAUUCUUUAAAGUGGCAGUCUCAAGAAGACAGCAUUUACCGGAAGAGGGGGACUCACAGUCAUUGGAGAUGCAGACGACUUGAGUUGUUGAAGUGGAAAUCUCUGGUAUGUCUCCUGUGUUUGUUACUCAUCUUGGUGUUCACUGCGCCUGAAGUGUCUUAGCCACUCAGGAAUAUUUGUUGACAUCCUACAUUUUUAUGGCAUUUGUUGAUGGGUGCUGCCUGGCCUUGCUAUGCCUUUCUUUUCUUUUCUUUCUGUGACUGCACAAAGUGUACCUUUGGUGUCUGUUAGGGAAUGCACUUUCUAGUGACCCUCUGCCUCACCGAUGUUGACCUGCGAUAUGGACUUAGAAGCUGACACUACGUGACAGGACAGUAAAGGCUCCUGCAGGGACCCCUGCCAUCCCGAUGCAGCAUACUCCCCUGGGAAUCACUGAAAUAAUUAGCCUGGGGCCCUCUUUCCCAUGUGUUCACAUGGCCACCACGGCCGCCCCAUGAGGUGUCCUGAUUGGUGUUCACCCACUGGCAGGACGAAGGCAGGCGGCCUCGGGUCCGAAUGGCAGUGCCUGGCACGUUUAGCUGGAAGAAGACCGUUCAUGUGGAGCUGGUUUCCCAUGGGAAAAUAAUUUUCGCUGACCCUAAAAUUAAUUAAAAUAUACUUGCAAGAUCUCAGUUAUAUUGUAAUGUUACCCCAUUGCAGCUAGGAACUCAGCGUGUUGCUGCAGAACGAUUUCAGGCUAGCCUAGGAAAGAGCCGAGUGAGGCACCGGGCAUAGACGCAGCUCCGCGUGUCAACGGACAGCCUGUUGUUACACGAGACGGAAGGCCUGGAGAGAGCUGUGUGAGGUCCCUGGGCCCUGUAAGCCAGGCUGAGAAGAGGAAAAGCGGGGAAUUAGUCAGGUCUCCGUGGGCUCUGUGGUGGGCUGUGAGUCUUGAGAGGAGGAAGGGCGGGGACGGAAGCUUGCGGAUGGGAGUGUCAACAUUGCCCUGUGCUCACUGCACUGCCAAUGAUUUACUGUACAUACUGUAAUAAAUUAUUUUGUCUGGA